GCGCCACGAGCGUUGCUGCGUUGGCAGUCGCUUGCGGAACACGCCGCACAUCACUUGCCGGCCUCAACGUUGUACGCACAAUAUCGCUUUGUGUCUGCGGCGUCGUCGGCAGCUCGGACUAACGUGCAGACAGCUCGGAAGCUGAGUUCCAGUGUGUUACGGCUUCGAAUCGUGAAGAACGCAGUCAUGUUCUGUGGCAAAACGCUGAUACGAGCAGACGGCAGCGAACACUCGGCCGACGAGGUGCUGCGCGACGCCAAAGUGGUGGCCCUGUACUUCUCGGCCCACUGGUGCCCGCCUUGCCGUCACUUCACACCCAUCCUGGCCGAGGUGUACGCCGAGGUGAAGGAAGCGCUUCCCGGCACCGAGGUCGUUUUUGUCUCGCUGGACCACACGGAGGAGGACAUGCUCAAAUACAUGGACGAGAGCCACGGAGACUGGUACGCCUUCAAGUACGACGACCCCUUCCGAAAGGAGCUGACAAGCAAGUACGUCAAAGGCAUCCCCACCCUGAUUGUUGUCAAGAUGGACGGCACGGUGAUCACUUCGAGUGGACGCGAAGAAGUUCAGGAAGAGGGACCACAAGCCUUUCACAAGUGGACUGAUAUUGCAUAGGUUUACCGAGGUUGCCCGCUAGCAGAUCUUCGCAUUGUGGGCGCUGCCUAAUAAAGGCUAACUCUUCCGGCACCAACACAUCAUGAUUCAAACCUGCUUAAUCUUCAUUUGUUCAGCCGCCAGGGUUAGAGUCUCUACCGCACGUACAGUUACAGAUAGCGUUUCAUUUUCGUCACUGUGGCCAACUAAUUAAGGUUUCUUCCCGGCACAAUAUUUUUAUUUGCUAUUCUAAUUAGGAGUGAACGCAGUGACAUUGAAUAAUUCAUCUACAGUUCCCACUGCCACAGCUGGACUUAAUCCAGUGAACUUGCUGAUUUCAACAGCAAAAUUCCGAGGCUCACAAUUUAUUCACUGCACUUCUACUAAAUAAAUAAACUGUUUUUUUGC